AUGACACCUCUCAGCACCUUGGCGACGACAAUCAUCUUCGCCAGCGUUGCUCAUGCAGCAAGCUUAAGUUUUCUAGGCUGUGUCAAGGCGUCUGCCCUCAGCUCAUAUACAGGUACUUCACAAACCAGUCGGUCUGCAUGCCAGGCAUAUUGCUUGAAUGUCUCCGGAAAUCUGCACGGUGCAGCGUAUAUAGCUGAUACCUCCGGGUGUUAUUGCGUGCCGAGCAAUGAUAUACUUAAUGGUUUCCUCUACUCAGACUUGGCCACAGGGAUGGACAGUGUUGGUAAUUGCUUUACGUCCGAUGCCUCUUACGAUUCGCAGGUCACACAGGCACAGGCCGAUACCAUUGCCUCUAACGGCAAGGUACCUUAUGCACAAUUCACAGGCUGUUACACUUCUCAGCCGCCUGCCGGACCCCAAGGAUCUCACCAAUUCUCAAGAACUCAGAGGCUCAAUCAGGUUCCGUACUAUGUCCAGGUUGGGGGCUAUCGAUCGUACGCAUUCUGGAUCAGCGCCGUCUCUGGUCGAUCAGGCUUCAAUUUUAUGGGUUACAACGACUGGGAUCUUGAUCUAUCCUCGCUUACUCCUACUGAUUGUUCCGUGAUUGGUAACGAUACCUGGCUUGUUGCUCUUGGCCCGGAACCCUCUGCGACUCCUUCUGCCGUGGCCCGUAGGGCGAACCGGAUAAAGCGAGAGAGAUCGCUUUGUCCCAAAGAUCAACAUGCCUGCCGAAUUUAUGGGUCAUCAGAAUAUGAGUGCCUGAAUACCAACUACGAGCUAGAAUCGUGCGGUGGAUGCAAAUAUGGUGAAUAUCUGGGUGACUACCGAAGACCUUACCUGGUUAAUACGACUACGUCUGCGGGAGAGGACUGCUCGAAUAUUGCUGGCGCAGAACCAUGGGGUGUAUCCUGUUCAAGUGGUCGAUGUGACAUCAAGGCGUGUAUCGAAGGUUAUUCCUUGGUCGAUGGGGAAUGUGAGCAGAUUGUGUAG